CACCGACUUCGAACGUCGUCCGCGAGGACGAGAGCGACAAACCCUGCCGAAACAGGGGAGAUCCUGGCUUCCCAACAUCACCAGCGACGAUCUUUACCCCUCAAUCCCUCAGCAAUCAUCGACACCGCAACCAGACGCUGCUUGGAUGAGUCUGCAUGACCGGACGAAUGUGCCUAUCAUCAUCGACCUCGACGAAAUUCCAGACGGUAGCACAGAGGACGCCGCCAUCGAUAUCGAGGCGCUGCACAUAGCAGACCAGUUCACCCAUCUCACAUCUGCGGAGAAGGAGCUUCGUCGUCAAGACUUGAUUAGGGAACACCAUAAGCGCUUUGCUCGUAGAGGCCAGGCAGACGGAGCGAUGAAUCCGGGUCGAGCACCAAAUGAUGCAAUAGUCAUAUCGGAUAGUGACGAGGAGGAUCUGCAAGCGGUGGAGAUGCCUAAUCCUGGGCAGGGCCCUCCGCCUACUGACGACGAAAACUCCGAUUCGGAUAUCGUGAUGCUCUCUGAUUCUCGAAAUACUGCUCUCGGUCACAAUAGAUUAAACUUGAAGAGACCAGCAUCUUCUGAGCCCCUUCGGGGGGGAUCAAUUCCGAUGCCAAGGCCUCCUCCGUCUGUAAGCAAGGCAUCUGCUCGUCACGCGCCACAGAAACAGCGUCCGAGUCGAAGUCCCUCGACGUCGCGCCAGGGUCAACCAGUGGCCGGCCCCUCGCGGCCGAGAAACCUGCCAACAACUCUUUACGACAAUCGUGAUCAGCAGGCGGGAUCCGGCAAGAAGAGAAAACGCGGAGACUCUGAUUUAACUUCGGCUCAAAGGGGGGCGAUUUGUGUCGCCGACACCAGCGAUAAUGAUGACGAUCAACCGCCGAUACCGAUGCCUCAGGCGGAGCGCGCCCGACCAUCUACGUCUUCUCGUCGCACCGCAGGUGAUCCGCCGGAGCAAUACAAUAUAUCCCGGGGCCCCGAUUUCAACGAACGCACGGACGAGUCGCAUUUCCUGCCGGCAGAAGCUCUCCGGCACAUUGUCACGAACCCGCGCAUGCCGAGCUACGAGACGCAGUCCUUCGACUGGGACUUUAUCUCCAUCGCUAGGAAUCGCAGUCGCAAGAAGCCUCCCAAAGAAUGCUUCGCAGAUCGCUUUGGGCUCGAUGAUUUACGGCUGACGGAGUUUUUUCACGAGGCUCCCGGCGACAUUAACAAAAUCAUACAACAGGGCGAAUUUGCAGCCUAUUGCAGUUUCGUCGAUGGCGGUCUUCCAGACAAUGUUGAAGAGACAGGUAUCAGUGCGUACAAUCAGGACCGCAAUGGAUCUCUGGUCUUCUUGCGGCGCAAUCAGUUCUUCCCUCGCGUGAUGCCCGACGAGCACGACAUGCUUCCCGGCCACUUCUCCUUCCAAGAAACGAACCAACCAAAGCAGUAUACCGUGUCCGACAUCGCGUUUAUUCCCGUUAAUGACCAUGGCACUUCCGACGAAGGCACGCUUCCUGUUCUCAUAUCCGCGGGAUUCGAUAAUGAGGUAGUGUGUUGGGAGCCGUAUGAAGAGGAAGAAGAGGCAGUCCCCGAUGCAGCAACGGAGAGCACUCCGCAAGAGAUGAUCGUCGAAGAGGAGAGAGUUUCGGGUGACGAAGAGAAUGGGCAGUCUCACGCGGAGCCAGAGGUUCAGGAGGUGCAGGAGGUGCAACUGCAGCAGCAACAGGAGCAGCAGGGCGAGCAAGGCGUGAAUUCCGGCGACGAGCCUCAAGAGUCGCCCCUCAGCGUGAUAGAAGACAGGCGACGGAAGAGGCGUAGCAAAUACUACGAACACCACACACUGUGUUCGGAUUACGAAAAGCCCCCCCAGAUUCUUUCGUUCCGCCCCGGCACAUCCAAUGUACUUGCUGUGGGGACCGAGCAUUUGGACAUCAUCGACCUUGAUAGCGCCGGACUCAUCGACGCAUAUGAAAUUGCUGAGCCACGCUCGGGUCACGCGGUCUCUGCCAUUGUGUGGGGAAAGGGCCCAUCGAAGGAUUAUAUUUUCGCGUCCACCGAGCCUCCAAUUCCUUCUGAUGACCGGGAGCCACCGCCCAUCGGUUUCCAUAAAGGCAUCGAGGUACGGACUGGCAGACGCUUUGAACUGAUCACUGCGGGGACCCACGACAGCGGUGCGGGUGAUGCGCUCGCUGUCAGCGAUGAAGGCGAGCUGCCACUCGUGCUUCACUCGCCGCUACUGACCAUACCUCUAGGCGACCGUCUUGCCAUCGCCGCUAGGUGUCCCACGGGCCAUAUCUUACAAAUCCUCGAUAUCCGCAAUCCGCAAAAAGGCAGGAGAAGCGUAGAGCGUAUCGCGCUGCCUCCCUUCGAUUUUGGCGCGGUGAAUUGGCGUAAAGGCUUAGAGAACGACGUGAACGACAUGAGCUAUGCCCCGGGCGCUUCGCAUCUCUUGGCGCUGGCGCGGUCGGACAAUGUCGCGCUGAUCUACGACUUGCGUAACACGAGGUGGCCUCUGCAUACGCUGAGGCAUGUAGGGGAUCGCGCACCACAUGUGAAAGGAUACUUCCAUGGUGUCACGCAACUGCAGUGGGUGUCCCACAAGCGUCUGGGGCUCGUUACUGCAGGCGCAGACGGUUGCGUGCGCCUCUGGGACCCAUCGAUCUCGUCCGAAGACGACCCGCAGAGAAAUGGCACCAUCAUAGCCGAAGUUGACGCAGACAUCACCGCGUUCUCGCUGGGUAAAAGGGGUACAAAGGAACAUACGCUCAUGGUCGGCGACUCACGAGGAAGAGUUCAUAUCUACAAUCAAGCCUACCGAGGGCCCGUCGCGGACCUGACCGCAAUCUCUGCGUGAUACAGUGGCUCGGUACGGUCGAUGUACAGCGGCAAGGGAUGGUCGAUGUACAGCGGGCAAGGGAUGGACGACGUACAGCGCAGGAGCUUUGCGAGUUCGUCGAGCUGCUCUUGUGAUCAUUGAGCUGUCUUCGGCGUCUGUAAACGGAUCUAUAGGGGAGUGUUCGAGGGAGGUUGGACGGAUGAGGAUAUAUGGACGGAUCACUGCUUACGACGCGCUAGUACACGAAGGUAAUGUUACGCCUGAUCUCGAGGGCGGGCGUCUAUAUCAGUCCUUCGAUCACUGCAAAUGCUACAGCAACGCGAGGAGCUGUUGAUGGGUGCUGGCAUACCGUGUUGAUGAAAGUACUUGUAUUGAUACCGCGUUCGACACGUCAUGAACAUGAGCAUGGGAUAUGGGAUACGGGAUUGGACUGUAUAGGUACCGACAGCGUUCUCGGGAUCAUGCCGUGCUCAACGAUGAACUCCGCGCCACACCGUGGGGUGAAACCCACUCC